UUUCUUCCAAACGAAGUCUCUUGUUCAAAUUUCAAAGCAAGAUCAGUAUAAUCGCUCCUUUACUGAGCGCUGAUCUCCAAGUUUACCAUGGAAAUCCAACAGAUUGCUGUUUGCUUAGAAUCCCAGUGUAUACCAAUGUCGCAAGAACAAGAACAACAAGAACAGGGGAAGGAAGAACCAAGAAAGAAGCCAAAAGUGGAGAAACCAGAGAUGAUUGAGAUUGUGAAUCUAGAUGAUGAUGCUGAUGAUGGAUUUUUCUACGCACCCAUCUCAAUAAAAGGUAACACGAAGAGAACUGCAAUAUCUGUUGAGCAAUACAGUGAAGAAAUGGAACUUAACCUUGCUAUUUUGGCUUCCCUUAAACCCACUACCAAAACCAACAAGCAAGAAUAUUUCGUCCAUCUUUCAUAUGGUAUUCAUGAUUAUUACUAUGUGGAUGAUGUUGAUGGUGGUGUUGAUGAUGAUAUUAAGGUACUUUACUUCAGACCCCGAUCCUCCACUUCUAAGGUAGGAAGAAAACGCUUUAAAAAUUCCAUGAGCGAAAGCGGACAAUCUUCGAAACCCAAAAGGGAUCCUGAGUUCGUCUGUGAGAUAUGCGUUGAACCCAAGACUGUAGAUGAAUCAUUUAACAUCAAGGGUUGCACUCAUGCUUACUGUAGAGAGUGCAUGGCCAAGUACGUGGCCACGAAAUUGCAAGACAAUAUAUCUAAUAUUCAUUGUCCAGUAUCAGGUUGUUCAGGCUUGUUGGAGCCUGAGUAUUGCCGUUCAAUCCUUCCGGAGGAAGUUUUUGAUAGGUGGGGCAAUGCUUUGUGUGAAGCUUUAAUUAUUGGGUGUCAGAAAUUCUAUUGUCCCUUUAAGGAUUGUUCAGCAAUGUUGAUAGAUGAUGGAGGAGAGAUCAUAAAGGAAUCUGAGUGUCCUAAUUGCUGCAGAAUGUUCUGUGCACAAUGCAAGGUCCCUUGGCAUUCAGGGAUUCAGUGCCAGGAGUUUCAGGAAUUGCAUAAGGAUGAGAGAGAGAAGGAAGAUAUCAUGUUGAUGAGGCUAGCAGAGAAUAAGCAUUGGAGGAGGUGCCCAAAUUGUAGGAUAUAUGUCGAGAGAACACAGGGUUGCAGAUAUAUGAAAUGCAGGUGUGGAGCUGCUUUCUGUUACAGCUGUGGAUUUGCUAAGGGUGUGGUGAAAUUUCAUGCUUGUGCUUCAACUGGCUCAAUUAAGCCCUGCAUAUGUGAGAAAUCUGGCAAUUAAGCUCUUAUUAGGCUAUGUGAAUUAACUUUGUUAUCAAGCUUUAAAUUUUCGUCGAGAUUACGUUUUGGCAUGUAAUCUGUCAGAGCCAAAAUUCAGUUAGGAUUUUCAUCAAACACCUUAAGGACUUGCGUAG